AUGGCUCCGAUGCAGCAAGUCAAGUGGGCAGCGCUUCGAGAAUUCCACUUCUUCUUUGAUGCCUCCGGGGCUCUGCCAUUGGACGCAUGUCUUCAGAACUUGCGCAUUUUGGCUGACUUCUGCGACCGUCACCUGCCUCCCAUCGUGAAGGUCCUCCUGCAGCCUGUGAGCAGAUCAUCCUCUGAACACCCCACCAGUGCCGCUCUGUCCGACCCAACCGUCAACACCGAGGACUGUCUGUAUCCUCUUGACUCGGCCGAUCUCAUCAACUCGGCCCGAAGUGGCGACAACUACCUCGGCAUCUACUUUCACAGUCUGGCAGGCAUCGGACCGACGCACCACAGGUUGCAUGUGGCCGCUCUGGUCGGAGAAUUGUUCGAUGCCUUCGAGGCGCGACUGCUCUUCAGACCGACCUACACGGUCUACCAGACCUAUCCCUUGGCCCGGCUGUAUCGGGCAGGUCGGUACGGCCGACAGGCGGCGGUGGUUCAGGCCUCUUCAGCGGCGUCAAGCCAUGGUGAGUGGGAGACGUCUCUGCAUUUUCGCAACUCGGUUGUGUUGCCGGGGCGACCUAGACGAAGUGGUCCUGGACUGUAUCCUCUGGCAUUCUAG